AUGGCCGAGCCCGGCGCUGAGGCGGCCGGCGGCAUGACAGCACCACCUCCACCUCCGCUGCCACAAAACUCUGACACGCCCGUGGGCGACGCGACGACCACUCCACCAUUGCUGACAGACACGGCCGACCCAGUCACGCCGGCUUCAACACCCACUCCGCCGCCGCACCAAACAGCCGCGGCGGAGACGGCAGGCCAGCCUCAACCCCAUCAGCCACCAACACAAACUGAAGCGUCAGGCGCUACUAGCCCCCAGACACAGCGGCAAACUAGAAUAGGAGAGGUGGCUGGCACGCCUCAGCUAACACCUCCACCUACACCUAUACAAAAAUCGGACACGGCCGUCGACGACGUAACAACCCCUCCACCAUUGCAAACAGAAACGGCUGACCCAGACACGCCGGGUUCAACACCCACUCCGCCGCCACAAAACCAAACAGCGGCGGCCGAAGCAUCAGGCGCUGCCAGCCCGCCGACACAGCGGCAAACUGGAACAGGAGAGGUGGCUGGCUCGUCUCUGCUAACACAGACACUGUCGCAGGAGAAGACGGUGGCGGCCGGUGCGGAGAACCACCUCCCUGCACCGCCGCCGCCGCCGCAGGAGCAAGGCGACAGUGCCAAAGACGGGAACGAGUCGAAGGACUCUGCCAUGGAAAAUCCGCGCCAAGCAGAGGAGGAGAAGUCGGGCCCAAGUCGCUGGCGCCGCGUCCGGUCGCCCGUCCUGUUGCUUCUCUCCCUCUUCCGCCUGCGCCAUGGAAGGCAGGACCAGCUGAACAAGCAGCCGACGAUAACUCCUCCGCCGACGGAGGACGACAAUGCCGACGACGUUCCUCACAAACCGGCGACAGAGAAGGAGGUUGGCGAAGGGAGCAAGCGCCGUCGCCACGAAGAAGAGGCGUCAGUCUCGGCGUCAGGGCGGAAGGAGGCGCCGCCCAUGGAACCGAACCAAACCAAGCGCCGCAAGAGCCUGCAGCGCACGGAGAGCGUGCUGCCUCCGGAAGGUGUUGUCGGAAGUCAAGCUGACGCCAACCCCUCUCCGAUGAAAAGAAAGUUUCAAAAUGCGUGCAGGCUCGUGAAGAACACCAUGUCGUGGUACCGUCGGCACCGAUCCCCGGAGAACGUUGAGGACCCCCACGAAGAGGCGGCGGCGAAGAAGGAGAAAUUGGCAGAGGCCAAGCCAUCGGCGUCACCGCCGGAGGAGGCGGAGACAAAGUCGAAGCAGGACGACAAAAUGGAUCAGAGCAAGCAGCCGUCGACGCCAGCGCAGGAGGGACAGUCGUCUCCGAUUCCGAAGAAGAUGCCGCAAUGGGCGGAGGAGCGUCUCGAGGCGACGCUCGAGGAGUCGUGCAUGAUGCUGCUCGAGUCGGAGUUCGGGAACCGCCUCAACGACAUGCAGCAGCAGUGCCUCCUCACCUUGUCCGUCUUCCCGGUCGGCUCCAAGGUGAAGAGUCAUGCCGUGACAUACUGGUGGUCCACGCUGUUCAAACUUCCGCCGGAGAAGGGCGUCGAGAAGGCAGACGAAAUCUUCUCGAUGCUCUCCGGCGGCGGCUUCCUCGAGCCGAUAAAGAAUCCCUGCAGCGAGGUGGUCCACGGCUGCCAGGUGAACCCGCUGGUGCACUGGAUGGUGAAGCGCAUGUCGAGGGAGAAGGGCUUGGCUGACCUGGAUGACAGCGGUAACCCGGCCGAUGUUCAGCCCAAAUCCAAAGUGCUCUGCCUCACGCCGGGCAACCGUGACCAGAUGCAGAAGCUGCGUGACGACGAUGACCCACAGGCCCGGAUCAGGCCCAGUCCAACAAAGGCGCCUCCUCACGGCAAAGUCGAAGCUGGAGCCCCAUGCGAGGAUCAACAAGAUAAAACCAAACUCGAAGCUGAGAAUCUCCAGGCUACAAUACUAUUUAUCUAUCGAAGGAAGAAAGUAAUCCUCAACAUCAGCGCGCACGUGUACCGGCUCCCCAAGCCCCUUCUCAUCAAGCUGGCCGACCAGCUAGAGGUGCUGCAGCUCGGCCGGUGGGGGAAUUACGACGACGAGACAUACAUGGAGGUGGGGGCUCUGGAGUCUCUAAGCUCCAUCGGAAAGCUCAAGAACCUCCGGUACCUCAGCCUGCGCGGGCUGUCCCGGCUGACGGAGCUCCCGUCGGAGCUCCGGCAGCUGCGGCGGCUGGCCAUCCUGGACGCGCGCGGGUGCCAGAACCUGGUAAGCGUGCCGUCGGCGACCGUGCAGAAACUCAAGGGACUAACCCACCUGGACCUCACCGAGUGCUUCAUGCUGGAGCACAUCGGGCGUGGGGUGAGCGCCCUGUCUGAGCUGCGUGUGUUCAAGGGCUUCGUGUUCGGCGUCGGGAAGCGGCGGCGCGACGCGUGCAGGCUGCAACACCUCGCGAAGCUAAAGAAGCUCCGGAAGCUCAACAUCAACGUCACCACCGACGCCAACGUGGAGAAAGACGAGAUGGCGCAGCUUGGGAAGCUCGCCAGCCUCGACUCGCUGACGGUGACGUGGGGUGAGUGGCCGAGCGUACUGCUCGACGAUUGCAAGAAAGAUCAGAUGGAUGAACUCCGCAAGAGGUGGACCGGCCUCAGGCUACCGCCGGGGCUCGAGAAGCUGGACGUACGGUGCUACCCCGACCCCGAGCUGCCGGUGAAGAGGUGGCUCCAUGUCAAUGGUCGUACGAAUCUCAAGAAGCUUUACGUCAGAGGCGGGGAGGUGGAAGAACUCGACAUUCCCAUCGAUAACAAUAUCGAGACCCUGCGACUGAGGUACCUCAAUAAGUUCAGGAUGAAUUGGGCGACUGAACUGCUCCCUAAGUUGAAUGGGAACUUGAAGCGCCUUAAGCGUGUGGAGGUUGUGGAUAAGGACCUAAAGGUGAUGAGGAAUCAAACCAAGGGCAAGGGUGAUGACAAGGUGAAGGAUGAGCACGAGAAGAAAAAGGUGAACGAAGAAGAAGAACGAGAUCUCGUUCUAGAUAAGGAUCUAUCUCGAAAAAUUAAGAAGCGGAUGAUGAUACCAGAGUCCACCAUCGAUGAGAAUGGGGUGUGGGUGAAGGAUCCCAAGGAAGAAGAAGCUGCUGCUGAUACGACGCCACAGGAUGAUCCCCCAAAAGCACAAGCUGCUGCUGAUACGACGCCACAGGAUGAUCCCCGAAAAGAAGAAGCUGCUCCAGGAGAUGCAGACAAGACCGAAAAUGGCGAUGACGGCAAAGCGCAAAAAGAAGUCAAAGGGAAACAAAGCGGCCUGAUCAAAGGCUCCCAAGGAGAAAAUGAGCAAGCUGCAGAGGAAGAUAGAGGAGAUACUAGUGAGAAGAAGAAAGUUGACGGUGGAGAUAGUGUUAAGGAAGAGAAAGACCACACGAAGACGGUCAAAGAUAAAGAGCACGAUAUCAUUAAGAGGGACGCAGAAGAACAUGAGCCUACCGUAGUUGAGAACGGGAUGCAGGAGAGGGGUGAGAAGGAACUGAAAGAGGACGUGGAGAAGAGAGCGUCGCCCACACUUGACGUGGCCCAGACUGCGGCUCCAGGGAGCGGCGGAGAUAUCAAGAUCAAAGAUACCGGCAUCGAUAAUUUCACAGACAAAAUAAGUGAAGUCAAAGAAGAGCCCGAUGACAGAGUGAGAGGUGCUAAAGGACAAGACGAGCCACCUACCAAGGAAGACAAGGGAGACGUCGGCGAGAUCAGAAAGUUUUAUGGCGGCGAUGCUGAUGAACCGCAAGCAGAAGGUGAAGACGAAGGACAGAAAAGGGAUAGCAAAGUGUUCGACAUGGUCGAAGAGCAACCCACUGUCGGGCAAGACGGAGGCGGCGGCGUUACAAGCGCAGCCGAUGUGACGAGCUCGCUGGCGCCACAACCGCCCGAACCUGAGGACGAAGAGAACCCUGCAAAAUUAAUCGCACCUGCAAAAACAACUGCUCGUACGGUGACUCCCCCAGCAUUCCCGCCUGCAGCUACCAGCGUUGCUCCGGCAGCCGCCGUCCAAGCUGCCGCGGAGCCCAAGGAACAUGGGGUUACUGGCCACGGCGACGGAUCCACUUCCACAGGCACCGCCGGUACAGAAUAGCAUAUAGCAGAAGCAGUGCAUCUGCAUCUGCAUAAGGUACAAAAAAGUUCUCCAAUCCAAUCAGCCUAUAUAAGAGAUCUGAACUUCCCUACACUCCACAGUGAUCGUACGUGGUUGUUUGGGAUAUGAUGAUGACCUAACUUGUGUGCAAUUUGUUCGGUGGGUGCCCGAAAUUAAAUGGGGAUGGUGAGCUAUUCUGAAGGACACCUUUGGGUUCAGCCAUUCGGUCGCGAGGGAAGUUGACACGUGGAAAAACAGGCUAUCCUUGUUGCCGGUGAUGUACUUACUAAUUACUACUACAUGGGUUCAGCCAUUAGUACGUGAGAGCUUCGUUUCUUAUAUUUUAUAACAGAGAAAGUAAACAUGUGUAAUCUCAGAUUUCUUAUGCA